UAUGCAUUACGUGUGAAUAUAACAGUGGCAUUAUUAUUGAUGACAAAAAACACAUCUUUUUAUUACGUUAAUAAUUCUUCCAAUGGCUCUAAUGCCGAAUUUAAUUGGGACUUCAGCAUCCAAGGUUACAUAUUAGCAGCAUCAUAUCUUGGUAACUGUUUGACACAAUUACCUAGCGGUUUGUUAGCAAGGAGAUUUGGAGGAAAAAAUGUAUUUGGCGUUGGGAUUCUCGUGUAUUCACUUCUAUCACUUCUGAAUCCAUUUUUGUCUCACCACAGUGUUUACCUUUUGAUAAUUUCAAGAUUUAUUCAGGGAGCUUUUGAGGGGUUUACUUAUCCGACUGUGCUCGAAAUGUGGUCCAAGUGGGCUCCUCAACAAGAAAAGACUUUUCUUGUAUCAAUUUCCUUUGCUGGUACUGGAAUAGGGAAUGUUUUUGGUCUUAUCUUUUCUGGUAUCGUUGCAAAGUAUUUAGGUUGGCAAGCAGUAUUUUAUCUUACUGGGGGUAUAUCUUCUCUAUGGUGUAUUGUAUGGUUUAUAAUUAUAUCAGAUACGCCAGAGAGUCACCCGAGCAUUAACCAUUCUGAACUAUCUUAUAUUCAAGAAAAUAUUGAGCGUAACUUAAAGCAGAGACCAAUUCCAUGGAUAAAUCUAUUAACAUCUCUGCCAUUCUGGGCGAUAGUGAUCAUUCACUUUAGUUGUGAUUGGGGAACUAUAACAUGGAUGACAGAACUUCCCUCUUUUAUGGAAACAAUUUAUGCCUUUGACUAUGAAAUCAGUGCCUUUUUAGCUGCAUUACCAUCUGCGGCCUUUUCUGUCGGAUCAUUUACAAUGGGAAAACUUGCUGAUAUAAUUAGAACCAGGUAUAAUGUUUCUACAACUAUUGUCCGAAAACUAUUCUGUACUGGAGGUCUUUUUCUUCAAAUGGUUUGUCUCGUUGCAGGGUGUGUUUGGUUCAAACCUGAAUAUUCCAUAGUAAUUUUUGUUCUGGUUUUGAGUUUUAACGGAAUGUCGUGGUCCAAUAUCAGUGUCAAUCCUAUUGAUUUAUCACCAGAAAAUGCUGCUGUGAUGAUGGGUAUUUCGAAUUGUAUUGCUAACUUUGGUGGUAUGAUCAGUCCCGCGUUGACUGGUAUCAUCUUAAAUAAUGUGAGUAGUUGGAUAAAUUGUUGGAAAAUCAUUAUUUAUAUCAAUAUAGCAAUCAAUGUCAUUGGUGGAUUCAUUUAUAUCAUAUUAGGUUCGGGGGAAAAUCAGGAUUUUGAAAAAGAACAGACCUGUGGUGAAAAACCGCAAAAAGCAAAGUAG